GAAAUCGCACGUGGUGCUGAGGGCUUGAUUCGCAUGGAGGGCGAUCAGACGAUCAUCAGUCGACCGAGCGAUCAACGUACCGGAAAAGACUCUGAGGAUAUAAAAGCCUUUACGUUUGACAAGUCUUACUGGUCAGCCGACAAAUCCGAUCCGACUUAUGCCGACCAGCAAAAGGUCUACAAUGAUCUAGGAGAAGAGUUACUAGACCAUGCAUUUGGUGGCUACAAUUGCUGUAUUUUUGCAUAUGGUCAAACAGGAUCAGGAAAAUCAUACUCCAUGAUGGGAUAUGGAGAAGACAAGGGUAUCAUUCCACGUACCUGCUUAGAGCUAUUCAAUCGUAUCCAGAAUAACAAAGAUCCUGAUGUCACUUACCGCGCAGAAGUGUCAUAUAUUGAAAUCUACAACGAAAAAGUUCGAGAUCUUCUCAGUCCAAAGAUGAAAGGAAACUUAAAGGUCAGAGAACAUCCGAGCACAGGACCGUAUGUCGAAGAUCUCUCUCGCCUGGCUGUCACAUCUUUUGAAAACAUCAAUGACCUUAUGGACGAAGGUAACAAGGCAAGAACGGUGGCUGCGACCAAUAUGAACGAAACCUCCUCUAGAUCACACGCAAUCUUUACUGUCUUUUUGACCCAAAAACGAAUCGAUGAAACUAGUGGUCAAGAAAACGAGAAAGUCGCAAGAAUCAGUUUGGUAGAUCUUGCCGGAAGUGAGCGCGCAAAUAGUACGGGUGCAACCGGUGCUCGUCUCAAGGAAGGUGCAAACAUCAAUCGCUCUCUUACUACUCUCGGAAAAGUUAUCUCAGGAUUGGCAGAGCAAUCUAUUAACGAUGCCAGAAAAGGGAAGAAGCUCAAAGAAGUGUUUAUUCCAUAUCGUGAUUCUGUCCUCACUUGGCUUCUCAAGGAUUCACUUGGUGGUAAUUCAAAAACAGCCAUGAUAGCAGCCAUUGCCCCAGCAGAUUAUGAUGAAACCUUAAGUACGCUUCGAUACGCAGACCAAGCAAAGAAGAUUCAGAACAAGGCUGUUGUUAACGAAGAUCCAAAUGCAAAGAUGAUCCGAGAACUUAAAGACGAAUUGGAGAACUUGCGAACUCGUUUGAGGGUUUAUGCUCCUGAUGUAGUCGAACAGCUUACUCAAGAGUUUGAGAUAGUUGACAGUCAAGGAGUAACGAAAAAAGUAACCCAAAAACAAAUCCUUGAUCAGCUCCAGAGUUCCGAGAGGCUGUUGGCCGAUCUCAACGAAACCUGGGAGGAGAAGCUGAAAAAGACAGAAGAAAUCCAGAAGGAGCGCGAGAACACGCUAGAAGAACUGGGUAUUGCUGUCCAUCGCAAUACGGUGGGUGUGUAUGCACCCAAGAAAGUUCCUCAUCUCGUAAACCUCAAUGAAGAUCCUUUGAUGUCUGAGUGUCUGAUGUAUCAGCUCAAGCCAGGCACAACACGUGUAGGGCGCAAUGAGAGCAAGGCGCCAGGCGACAUACGACUCACAGGUUCCAAUAUUCAAGACGAUCACUGUACGUUUGUAAACACCAACGGGACUGUCACCGUUCACCCGAACCCGAAAUCAGUUACCAUGGUCAACGGACUCCGCAUUGAAGAGCCAAAACGGCUAAAAAGCGGUUACCGCAUCAUUCUUGGUGGGUUUCACAUCUUUCGGUUCAACCAUCCCGAAGAAGUCCGGCGCGAGCGAGAUCUGCAAAAGAUUGUCCAUGAACGGAAUAGAGCUGGCGGUACGUCCUCGCCUUGCACACUACUCGAUGAUGAAGGCGAGCGACCAUGCUCACCCACCGAUAGUGCGAGCCUGAUGGGAUCUGAGCCGAUGGAUUGGAGCGAUGCUCGUCUGGAAGCCAUGAAAAACUACUACUCUCCCGACAUGAGCUUUACGGGCGUUAAUGAUGAUGAGUUGGAAAAGCUUUAUGACGAGAUCGCCCGUGCACGCAACAUACGCAAAAUUCGGUGCGAGAGUAGGACCGACUUACUCAACGACGAUGACGACGCCUCGACUGGGAAAGACUCGGCAAUUUGUUCAGUAGCAACAGCUUCAGUGGUCAUCGACAACCGACGUGAGAGUGUGUACACCGAGUCACCGAUCGAUUACACCGAAAUUGAGGAGAAGCAGAGAAUGAAAGACGAGUUUGAAAAGGAGAUGCGCUCACAAAAAAAACACUUUGAGGCCGAAAUCAAACGAAUGUCCUUACGCUACCCUUCAGGUAUCAUUCCAAUCUACACAGACGCGCAGACAGCUUUAUUAAAGGGCGUUCUUGAACGAUGGAAGAAACUGCGGUACGUGACCAUGGCCGAAAGUGUCUUGACACACGCCAUGAUGCUCAAGGAGGCCAAUAUCUACGCUCGCGAGAUGAACAAACGUGUGACGUAUCAGUUUGCAAUCAUCGAAGAAGGCCAGUUCUCGAGCCCGGUGUCAAGCUGGGAGCCAACCUCGGGCUUCAAUGAAUUCAACACAGAUGAAGACAAAUCGCUCACAUCAUCACAAAAGCCAUGCAUUGGCGUGCGGGUAAUUGAUCGUAAGCACCAGACCAUGUACUUUUGGUCACUUGGCCGAUUGAAGCAAAGAUUGCACAAGAUGCAAGAGCUGUACAAGUUUAUUGAUAAGCCCAACUAUUGUAAGCACCUGAAUGUGGAAGAUAUCUUUUACGAAAACCCAUGUCCCAAGUACUGCUUUAUCGGCAGUGCCUCUGUGUCUGUGCGAAAUCUAGCUCUUCACCAACCCUAUGAGAGCUGUGUGGAAGUCGUCUGUCGUUCGACAGGCAGAGUCAAAGGAAAGUUACGAGUCUUAAUCUCCCCAAUGGCAGAGUUAAGUGCAUUGGAGCGGGAUUUAGAUAAAGAAGCGGGAGGAGAAAGAGAAAGAGAAGAAGAAAACCCGCUCAAAGCCAGUGAGAGCAAAAUACAAAUCAAUCAGCGCAUAUUGUUUGAAAUCCGGAUGUUGGAGCUCAGUGGACUGAGUGAGAGCGAGUUCUCGCAGGUACAUGUUCAAUUCAGAUUGUCAUCAUUGGGAGGUAUUCCGGCCUACUCAAGUGCCGAAAAACUGUUUGCAACAGACCCUGCCAGUGGGUUUGAGAAUGGUUCGAUUGUGCUAGACUACAGUCAGAAGAUAUCGAUGACGGUGACCGAAAGAGUUCUCGAUCUAUUUAUGCACUCUAUGGUGUCCUUUGAAAUCUACGGCACAGCACAGCCUCGAGUGCUUUCUCAACACGAACGAUGGGAUGAUGAGCGAGAAAAGCCAUCGCUCGAAUACCUCCAAUCUGUAAAACAGCUUUCUGUUCAACCAUCGCUCGUAGACCAGCUCUCUGUUCGACCAGAAGAAGAGCUGUUGGCAUCUGAGCGACAUGAUAUUGUUGCGUGGGUUCAGGUGUGUGAAUUGACACCCAAUGGUUCUUAUAUGCCAGUCCAGGUCGUCUCUCAAAACACACUUGACAAGGGUACCUUUGGACUUCGCCAAGGGCUCCAGCGUCGCAUAUCCAUCACACUGUCCCAUUCUUCCGGAAAACAGUUUGCAUGGAAUAGAAUAUCCAAGGCAUCCAUUGGGCGUGUGCGGUGCCUGGAUGACAAGGGUCGAAUUAUAUCCUCGCCAGCUCACGAAGAUGUACAGAUCAAACUGUCGGUUAGGCAAAAGGUGUCAUACAAGUCAGAUGGCACGAGCCAACUAUGUAGUCAAGGUGCAUGGGACAGUUCACAGCACGACUGUACGUUCCUAAAUCGAUUGACACCUACUAAUAGUCGAAUAUUGCUGCAGUUGAAGUGGGAAGUAGAGGCCGAAAAGUGCUCCAAGCCAAUCCAGUUUAGUAUGGACAUUGCUGUUCAGGUACAAGGUCGGGAUGCAACUGGCGCCUCCCGGCUGCGAAAGUUGCUGGGAUCCAGUAAGCACCUCACCAAAUGCAGUGGGAUGUUCCAAGUUCAUCUUCGGCCACCAAUGACUCGACGUGUUAGCCAGCUGUGGCGGUUGAAUACGGGUGCUCGUCCUAUCAAGGGUGAUGAGUGUCUUGGGGCGUGGAGGCCGCGUGGAGUCUCGCUUGUCAAUGAUUACCGACAGAUUUGUGAACGUAUUAGGCGUAAGGAGGACAAUGUUUUUACGUCUCAGAAGGACGGUUCUGAUGUUCCUACUGAUGCACAGGCCCAGCUAUUGCACAAGGUUCUCGACCUGUGGACACAUAAGAUGGGUACCCAUCAAGAAAUCGUCCUUAGUCAAGAUCCACCAGUUCCAGGUCUUCAUGACAUGGAAAGACAGGAUUUGUGCAAGGUUUCAUACAAAUUACUUGCUGAAGUCAAGCUAGUGGUAGAGACUGACACGGUUGCCAAGAAAGGCUUUAUGACCUAUCAAGAAGACCCCCUGAAUAACAAGUGGGUUAAACGCUGGUUUGUGAUGCGAAGGCCGUACAUCUACAUCUAUUCGAACCAAUCCGAAACGGACGAGCAGGGUGUUAUCAAUAUUUCCUCGGUUCGUGUCAGCAACAGUCGCGACAUGGAAAAUGUGGUACAUCGCAGUCAUAUAUAUGCCCUCUACACAACAAACAAUGCCUAUAUCUUACAAGCAACAUCUAAGAAUGAUAUGAUCGACUGGAUGGCUAAACUUGACCCCUCC